ACAACAUUCUGCGUGACGCUCCGUGUCCGAUUUUUGUAACAUUAAGUAAUUGAUUUUGGCCCCAAAUGUGCAACACAUUGAACACAAGCAAAUGUGUAGUUACACAAGCAAACAUGGCGAAUGAUACAGAAAAUGUGAGUCGUGCGAUGAGUCUCCUGCGGCAAGCUGCCGACGUACUUACCCAAAAUAAUGCUUCGAAACCGUUAACGAAUUCGAUAACUUCUGAAACCAGUAAUAAUUCAUCUGGAGGGAUAAAUUUUGAACGGACAGUGGCGAAUGUAAGAAACCUAAGUAGUUCCUCCAGUCAAUCAAGUGGCACUCAAAAUGCCUCUCGGAGCACACGAGACCAAAGCCUCGACCAAAGCGAAGCAACGAAAAAUUUUCGCCAUCUUUUUCAGUGCUCCUUACAAGAGCACAAACCGCGACUCUAUUAACAGACCACCAGCAAAAAGGCUAUGUAGAAGGAGAGAACAGAAAAGGGCGAUAGAGACAUGGACCCACGAUGUUUUUUGCUUGGGAAUGAUCGAAGAAAGCGUGGCACCUGCACGUGGAAGGAAGGUUAAGCUUCAAGGCGCUGGUCUGGGAAGAGCAAGGAUAAAAUUUGAUGCGAAUGGUGAUGCCAAUGCAUUUAAAGCUAAAAUCGAGGAAGUUUUCCCUAAUCUUAUAUCUGGACAUGGAUUUGAUUUGUUAAGGCGCGGUCCUAGUGGAAACAGUUUGGCUGUAAUUCGACAGCCAAGUUGUGGGUACACAGUGAAGUACUUAAGAGACACUGUAGGGCUUGGUCAAGCUUUAUUGUAUGUUCGUCCGCUACAGGUGGACCUUGAUGAAACAGAAAUUGAUGCAGUUGACUCAGACUUAGAAGAUGAGGGUUUUCAGAAGGCACCUAUUGUUCAAUGCAUUAAUUGCAAUCAGGAGAUACCUGUUACCCUGCUAAAAGAUCACCAAGAGGAGUGUUUUGUUUGCAUCAUAGCCAUAGAUUAAGUGCAGAUAAUGAAAUUAUACCUAUAUCAAGUGAGAUUGAUGUAAAAAAACAUUUCACUAAUUCAACCCAUGAUGGAGAUGAUCAAAACCCUGCAACUAAUAUCCAUCAAAACCAACCUAUCCCAAAAUUUAUUGGAGAAAGCAUUCUACCAAGCAGUGAUAAAGAAGUUGCAAGUUCAAUUUUCAUCAGCAAAGAAAAUCUAUCAAGUAGUCCAAUUUAUGCCCAAGAAGAAAACCUCAUGGCUUCCUGUUCAAGUGAUGUUGAAAACCAAUCUUGCAGCAUGGAUACCCUUUCUGAAAUGUUUCCUAACAUUGACCAAAAAGAACUAUAUCAUACUUUUCAGCAACAUAAUUUGGACAUGGAGGCUACCAUCAAUGACAUACUUGGGUGAAAGGUAUGAAAUCACUGCUAUGUUGUCUACUUACAUAUAGGUAUAGUUACAUGCACAGAGUAGGAAUAAACAAAAGUGCAGAAAUUGUUCUCUUUGCAUAUAUGUUGCAUUUGGGUAUCUGUCAUUACUCUGGCAGUAAAAUGCAUGUAAUGAACAGAGUGGCCAAUAAACAUGCCCACUGACUUGUCUAUCAUUCUGACCAGUAGGUGGCAUGAAAAUUUCCAAUUCUGCUCAUUUCCAAUUCUGUGCAUGCAUGUAUAUAUUGCAAUCAUUGCAAGUGCAUGGUAAAUUACAGCAUAUAAUGAUAUGCUAUAAUGCUUGUUAGAUGAAAUAUUAUAUGGUUAAUAAUAUUAAUGAUAUUACAAUCAACUUUCAAAUUUUUCUUUUAAUGUGACUGUAGGUCGCUAAAUUACAGUGCAGUUUUUUUAUUAUAAAUAAAGUAGAACUGACAACCAAUAAGAAUUAGUAUUUCUGCCCUAUUUGAAACACAAAGCAGAACUCUCCCACAGUGACAAAGGAUAUGGGCCUUUGCUUGAUGAAACUGGUGGAUAUAUAAACAUGAGGGCAAAAAGGGAGGUGUUAUUCUCCUCCACAAAGAUUACUUGUGCAAAAAGUCUAAACCGAUAAAAGGGUUACUCACAUAUUCACACAGCCACAUGAAGUGUCAUGGGAACAUUCUGCAUGGUUUAUGUUUUAAAAAUGAUAAGUAUUAAUCUUCAUUGGUUGUCUGUUGUAGUUUUAAAUUAAAUUAUUAAUUAUUAGAUACCAUAUAUUCUGUUUGUUUUAUGAGAACAAAUUAAUUAACAACACAAAGGUAAAUCCCAGGCAUUUCAUGCAGAAGGACAACAACCCGGUUGUACGUAUAAU